CUCCCGAGUAAGGACGAAGUUCUGGAAGAGCAAAACUAGCCCACUCGACGGUUAAUCAGCACGCCAACUAUCCUUGCCAGCAAAUCCGAGUUCCGAGUCUCCCCAUGCUUUCUCGGUCGAUCCAAAUUCUUGACCGAUUCAUUUGAUCUGAAACUGCUGGUGAGGCUAUUCGUAAGGCAAAUCAAACUCAGAAGACACUCUCGAUGCGACAAAACCACAAGAGCUCACACGACAUUCGUGGCAAUGUGCGAACAGCAGUUAGAGCGACACAAGCCAACCACACGGACCUCCAGUUCCAGUUCCAGUUUUUCUUUUGAAGCGAAACGUGCGAAGGUAUCAGGCUUUAUCUCGGCAGGUCGACGACAGCUCCUUAAGCACUAGCACUUCACCCCUUUUCUUCAAAGUGUAUUCCAACCGCUCAAGCCAGUGCAUCUCGGACAACGGACGUGCGAGAAACUCCACGCAAAGCAAAACUUGCCACCGAACGUGUACCUGUUUUUGUGACGUGUGUGUGUGAAAUAAUUAAACCGCCAAAAUAAAGCUCAAAAUGGACGGAUCCUCGGUGAGCCCCCUUCCCUGUGAGGCUCCGCUAGCGAUGAUGGAGAGCGAAAAGACACCGCCGAGAAGUCCCAGCCAGCACGAUAUGCCACCGCCGCCGGACGAAAAGAGAUAUGACGACGACGAUGAUCGCGUCUGGAACUGUGGCGCAUGGUUCGAGUACAUACUGGUGGUGGUCGUUUCGUCGAUCCUGCUCAUCGCAGCCUCGGUGCUGACCAUCUUCUGGACGAUCUACUACCGGAAGGGCUUCAACAUGGACGACCCGAAGCUACAGUUCAACCUCCACCCAGUGCUCAUGAUCGGUGGCUACAUCACGCUGUCAGGAUUCUCUAUUCUGCUCUACCGAAUCUGCCGAUGCUGCUCGCAUUUGAUCGUGAAGCUGUGCCAUACCUUCUUCCAUGCCUGCUCGAUCCCCUGCAUAGUGAUCGGCUUCAUGGCUGUUUGGGACUCGCACAACCAGCAACAGAUUCCGAACUUCUACUCGCUGCACUCCUGGCUCGGCAUGAUCACGAUGGGACUGUUUGCGCUCCAAUUUGUGCUAGGAUUCUUUAGCUUCCUGAUUCUGCUGUGCUGCGAGAACGCAACCUACAAGUUCCGCUCCACAAUGGUUCCCAUCCACGCUAGCUUCGGUGUGGCCACGUUCAUGCUCGCCAUCGCUACCGCCGUAACCGGUUUGACCCAGAAGGCUCACUUUGAACUCGGCGAAAAUUACUCCCAAACCGUCGAGGAGGGCAUCAUAAUGAACUCGAUCGGCGUCAUCCUGACCGGGCUCGGUAUCAUCAUUCCGUUUGCCGUGCGUCGCUCCAACUCUCCGGCCAACUGCAAGGUUUACGUCACGGAACGUAUCUAAGCAAGCAAUCGUGUGUGUGUGUUUUUUAAAUAUAUGUGCUAAUAAUGAUCGGAUUAAAUAAUAUACGAUUCCAAAACAAAAAGGAUCGAAGGCCCACCCCGCCAAAACACAAUCGAUGCAAGUCGGCGGCGAAACCGAGGCGGCGAGCGAAGGGGAUGAUGAUGAAUUCAAAUUAACGCGUUGUCAAACGCAAAGUAAGCGCAAAUCGACAUCGCCGCAAUGUCGUCUAUUUAUGGAUCGAAGAAUAGUUAAUAAAACCCGUAUUUACAUUUAGUUUACACCGAUCGUGCGACGCAAGGUGGUGCAACGAUUUUUAUCAACAGUCAUCAUUCCUACACCAUACCAUGUAUUGUAAAGUGCAAAGAAAAAGAGUUAAGAAAUGCUAAAAAAGUGUUUUGUUGUUUUAAAAUUUGUUUCCUCUUGCCGAUAGUUUAUUGGUUGGCGUUUGCGCCAACAGCCACAAGCAAACAGGAAAAUUGUUGAUGAACGUUAUUUAUUGCAGUAUCCCCAAACGGCACGUUUAUCUUCAAAGCUUUUGCUCCAUUAAAUUAAUUACGCUCUAAAACGAAGAUUGAAAAGUGAAAAGCAACCAACCACAAACGAUUUCGCGAUCUGAAUGCGCCAACGCUAAUCGUCCCCCAAACACAUACUCGAACGAAUCAAAGUCAAGCGAAAUCGAAGUCAAGCAGCAGCAGCAGCAGCAUCGACUUAUACCAUUUAACCACUAAAAUACAAUGAUACAAUUUCUUCAACAAAAAAAAAGCAACCCAUAUUCGUCAGCUACAAGUAGUGAACAACUGACCAGUAGACGAUCUGAUCGCUAGCGCAAAGAUAGACGUGUCGUGUGUGGCCGAGGAAGAAGCAAGGAGCGUAGUAUGUAAGCUAAAUAAAUGAAAACAGAAAAAAUUAUCCCCCAAAUCCCCACGUAAAACAAUGGUAGUGCCAACGAGUGGUUUACAGAGCGCAUACGCAUAAGGAUUCUCCCCACGGAGACGGUUGUGUGCUGCGCUUGCCAAAAAUGUUUCGUUCGAUUCCUUUCUUGCUAUCGUUGCAUUAUCGCUCACCCGACUAUAUGAACAAUUGCUCAUGGUUUGAGGAGGACGGAAUUGAACCUUUACCUAUUUAUCGAAAACGAAUCAAUCAAACGAACCAUCGGGAUUUCAACAAAUAGUUUAGGAUAAAUUUAAUCCCCCUUAAUAAAGCGCGUGCUCCUCCGUGCAGCUCGCCUACUGAGCGGACGCGUGCUGGUAUACAGAGAAAGAGGAAAAGCAGCCACAAAUCGAUUUUAGAGCAAACGGUCAAAUAAACACGACAACUGGUAAAAGGGAGGAGAAAACCCACAAAAAUCAUAUGCAUAUAUUUAAAGAAAAUGUGUGUUCAAACAAACAUAAUGUAUUAACUUUAAAAAAAAGGAUGGAAGGUAACAGAAUUGAUUGGUUCGUAACGUAACGUAAAGUUGUAAAGCAAAAUCAAACAUCUGGCUCGCGGCAAACCAUCACCACGAUCGCGUACAAGAAUGGGCCCAACAUUAGCCAAACCCGAAUGCGAUAGAUCUGACGUGGAGACGUGCAAGGAAAACAGAAAAAAAACCCACCAAGUGUUUGCGAACCAUCUCUCUUCUUGUUACAUAGUGUGCUGCUCAUGGUUCGGACGGGAAGCGAACACGUGUAGCGACAUUACAUUUCAAGAAGGAACAAACAAAUCGAAAGCAAAUAUAUAUUAGCGACAAAACGCAACUAGUGAGCGAUGUAAUCCAAACUUUAAAUCGUAUUUAUGUAGUUUAAACGAAACAACAGCAGCAACAAACAAAAAAUGCCCCCUUCUAACGUACAUUUUGUCAUAGCUCAUUCAGCUCGCUCGUUCAGCGAGGCGGUUUUGGGUAUUGUUGUACUUUUGCGACAUCGAACUUGUUAUGUUAUCGUUUCAUCGUUAUGUUUGGACCGUUACGUUCCCAUCCCUGAGCCAUACGCGACGUUGCAAGGACGCUGGCGCCAACGCCAGUGCAGAUGGCAGACCAAACCACACUUUUAAUACUAUUUCUACUACUACUACAACUACCACUUCUAUUACUACACUUACAAUUAGUCGGAGGAACAGGAGGAAUGUAGCAGCAGCAGCAGCAAAAACCAACAGCAAUCAAAUGAUAAGCAACACUUUACAACAGCAAAGCGAAAAAUUACCAUCCGAUUGAAACAGUACAAUUAGACGACGGGCCAGCGUAUAUAACUAGAGGGCACUCGUAAGCAUAUUUUGUGUAUUCCAUUCUCUCCGUACCUAAGUUGUGCAGUACCUUUACAUUUAGGGAUGCGUAACAAGCGUUCGUUCCCCGUGGGGCGUGCUCAAAAUUUGUGUGAACCAUGUUUCGAACCCCGUUUAACCGUUGUUUAGCUUAAUUACCCGCAAUAAGAAGGAAGCGUACGGUGCGAACCGAUGUACCGGUAAAUAGGGAACGCAAGCGAUAAAAAAAAAAAACAAAACCCGGCAUAUUAAUCUAACGCGAACAUUUUUUAUACACACUCACACACAAGUAUGAUGGGAAACCAAACCAUUUUUGCUAUCGUCUCAUUUCCUAGCCAAAUGUUACAAAAUAACCAGCUGAGGAAAAUCAUUUCAUACCACAUAAACACAAGUAUAUGUAAAAUAAAAGAUCUGUAGGAAAAAACAUCGUCGUGCA